AUGAUCUACGAGUCGGUGUGCCGUAUCCCAGCGAGAGAAGAUGGUUCGCGGAUUGUUGUACUACUUGGACCGCCUGGUGUUGGAAGAAACGAGCUGAAACGGCGUUUGUUAGCGCGAUACCCUCAACGGUUUUCUACUACUGUACCGCAUACCACCAGGACUAUGAGGGCUGGAGAGACUGAAGGUGUUGAUUACUACUUCGUGGAAAGGUCUGUGAUGGAAAAGAUGAUCUAUUCUGGUCAAAUGCUGGAAUUUGGAGAGUAUAAAGGUAAUCUAUACGGUACAUCUCUUUCCUCAGUGCGUGAUGCAAAGCGCCGUGGAACUCUGCUCAUCACCCCUCAUCCGUUGGCCUUACAAUUAUUGCGUACAUCGGAAUUCAUGCCGUUUAUUAUUUUCAUACAACCACCAGAUAAGGUGACGUUUAAGGCUACCCGGGCUCUUGGUCCGCAUAAUACGCGUGCUUCUACAUCAACUCUAAAGAAAGGCAGCUCUGGCCGAUUGUUCACGGAUACGGAAAUUGAACAG